AUGUCUCGGCAAUCUGUCUGCAGAAGCUUUGGAGGAGGGAGUAGAAGGGGCUACAGCUCUUGCUCUGCCAUCGGUGGUGGCUUUGGAGGAGGUGGCGGCAGAAGCAGGAUCAGCUACAGCUCAUACUCCUCAUCCAGGGGAGGUGGAGGAGGUGGACAGUGUGGAGGAUAUAGCAGCAGGAGCCUCCAUAACAUGGGUGGCAGUAGAAGAAUUGCUAUGGGUGGAUGCUACGGUGGUGGAGGAUAUGGAGGCAGAAUAGGUGGCUUUGGAGGAGCCUGUGGAGGAGGAAUGGGUGGCUUUGGUGGAGGAAUGGGUGGCUUUGGUGGAGGAAUGGGUGGUGGUGGUGGAAUGGGUGGCUUUGGUGGUGGAAUGGGUGGUGGAGGAAUGGGUGGCUUUGGCGGAGGAAUGGGCGGUGGAGGAAUAGGUGGCUUUGGUGGCCCUGGCUUCCCUGGAGGCAUCCAACCAGUGCAAGUUGACUCAAGCCUCCUGCGGCCGGUUCAUGUUGAGAUUGACCCCCAAAUCCAGCAAGUGAAAAACCAGGAGAAGGAGCAGAUCAAGACUCUUAACAACCAAUUUGCCUCCUUCAUUGACAAGGUCCGCUUCCUGGAGCAACAGAACAAGGUCUUGGCCACCAAGUGGGAGCUGCUCCAGCAGCAAGGACCUUCAGGCCCAAGGAAGAACCUUGACACCAUCUUUGAAAGCUACAUCCAGAACCUGAGGAGGCAGCUGGAUUCGAUCCUGGGACAGAGAGGGCAGCUCGAGUCGGAGCUGCAGAACAUGCGGCAAUACGUGGAGGAGUACAAAACCAAGUAUGAAGAAGAAAUCAACAGGCGCACUGCUGCUGAGAAUGAGUUCGUGGUGCUCAAGAAGGAUGUGGACAAUGCCUACAUGACUAAAGUAGAGUUGGAAGCCAAGGUGGGCGCUCUGACAGAUGAAAUCAACUUCCUGAGAUACAUCUUUGAGGAGGAACUGUCUCAGAUGCAGACCAUCAGCCGGGACCUGUCCGUGGUGGUGUCCAUGGACAACAGCAGGAACCUGGAUAUGGACAGCAUCAUUGAGGAGGUCAGGCGCCAGUACGAGCAGAUCGCCCAGAGCAGCAGAGCUGAAGCUGAGGCUUGGUACCAGAGCAGGUAUGAAGAGCUGCAGAACACUGCUGGAAGGCAUGGGGACAGCCUCCGCAACACCAAGAUUGAGAUCCAAGAGCUUACCAGGAAUGUGCAGAGGAUUCGCGCUGAGAUUGAGAAUGUGAAGAAGCAGAACCAGCAGCUUCAGGCAGCAAUUGCUGAGGCUGAGGAGCGGGGUGAGAUGGCCCUGAAGGACGCCAGGAGGAAACUGGAAGAGCUGGAAGCUGCCCUGAGCAAAGACAAGGAGGAGCUGGCUCGCUUGCUGAAGGAGUACCAGGAGCUGCUCAAUAUCAAGAUUGCACUGGAUGUUGAGAUUGCCAUGUACAGGAAGCUGCUGGAGGGAGAGGAGAACAGGCUGUGCAACGACGGCAUGUCCAACGUCAAUGUCUCGGUGGUAGGCAGGACCACCAUCUCCGGAGGCAGAGGAGGCAUGGGAGGCGGCUUCGGAGGCGGCAGCGGCAUGGGAGGAGGCUUCGGAGGCGGCAGCUGUGGCAUGGGAGGAGGAAUAGGAGGAGGAAUGGGAAUGGGAGGAGGGAUGGGAAUGGGAGGCGGCGCCUGCGGAGCAGGAGGCAGCUUCGGCGGAGGCAGCAUGGGCGGCAGCUGCGGCCUGGGAGGAGGGAUGCUCGGCGGCGGCGGCGGCGGCUUCUCCUCCGGCAGCGGGAGGAUGUGCGGCUCCGGAGGGGGCAACUUCAGCUCCGGAGGGGGCAACUUCAGCUCCGGAGGGGGCUCGUCCUCCGUGCGGAGAUGUGUCACGACCACCUCGGUCAAGUCGUCAGGAGUGAGGUUCUGA